AUGGCUGAAAUCGUUGGGAUUGUAGCAAGCCUCGCGGCAAUUAUACAGCUAAUCGAAUACGGAGAAAAGCUGUCACGACAAUUGUACAAAUUCUCCGACUUUAUCAAAUUCAAAGCGGAAGAGGUGGAAGAAUGCGCCGCCCGCACACAACUUUUCUCCGACACCGUUAAUUUAGCCCGAUCUACGCUCGACAAGUACUGCGAGGAGAAUAAGAAGUCAGCUGUUAUCGAAUAUAUUUCAUCGUCCCACAUUCUCCCUAGUCUAAACAAGACAUGCGCCUCUGUCACACGGCGGUUAUACCGUGCCACUAGGCAGGUAAAAGGUUUACGUAGCGGUGGAUCAGGUUUAAUUACCUUCAUCAGAUGGUGGUACCAGAAAGACGCCAUCAUGGUGCUUUUCCCAGAAAUGGAUAGCUACAAGACCACCCUCAUGCUGCUAAUGCACUCUGCUCAAAUGGAGGGAUUGACAAUGAUAAUGAAGAACCUGCCCCCAGGAUCUUAUGAGGAGAUUAGCAAGAUUAAGCAAGAUAGGCAAGACUCAGGACCCUGGAGACUUUUAAAGAAGGCCAUCAAAGGCAAUUUGGAGACAUUCCGGAGGCUAAAGGCUCAAGAGCACCAGAGAAACCACCAUCAGACUCCAGGCAGGCAUGCCAGCGACUUCGAAACGGAUAUGGAUAUCAACAUCGAGGCAAUUGUCGGUCUAGUUGCAAGCGUGUUGAAAACAGGGGUUGCACCUACGUCGCCUCCUUCAUCUCCGUCUCCGUCGGAAGUAUCUGUGGAGACAACCGCGAAUCACGACCCAUCUGUGGACUCGGCGUCUUCUACAGAAGAAAUUUCAAAUGAAAGUAGAACGACACGAAACGCAGCAUCAGCAUCAGAACGGCUCGUCCAACAACCGACACAGUUGAAUACUCCCACAGCCUCUCGCGAUACUUUCCCUCCCAGUCAGAUCUCUUCAAACACCAGAGAGAUAUUUAGAGUUGAUACUACAAGGUUUGCCGAGUAUAUGGGCGUGGCUAUCAAUCAGCAUGACGAGCAUGUCGACGCCGUUGUCAUCAGAGACUUGGAUAUCAAUAUUAUUUCACUCGAGGUAGUACGCAAACACGAGCUGAAAAUAAUCCCCCUACACGGCGAUGGAAACGUAUGGGUCGCUUUCGGGGACUCCAGGCCCGUGAAAACCAUCGGCAAGGUAACCAUGCUCUGGAGAGGCAGUGGAGGUGAAAAGUAUCAGGGCGUCCCUGAAUUAGAAUACUACGUAGUAGAGCAUUGCCGACGUCCAUUAAUACUGGGAAAGCCAUUUGUGAGAGUUACAGCACGACGGAACUAG